AUGGUCAUUGAGAAGUGUAGAAAUGUUGGGCUGAAAUUGAACAGAGAUAAAUGCGAGAUAGGAGUAUCUGAACUAACCUUCCUGGGAGAUCGUCUUACAACUGAUGGCCUGAAAGCAGACCCUAACAAAGUCAAUGCCAUCAUGGAUCUGAAGAAACCCACUGACAAGAGGGAGCUUCAACAGUUCAUGGGUAUGAAGAAUGACAUGGAUGUCACAUAUACACAAGACAAAGAUAUGUACACAGCAGAUGCGUUAUCUCGCAACUUUCCCAAAGAGGGUGAAAUUACAAGUGCAACUGAAGCAGAAGUGCAGAUGUAUGUAGACAUUGUGAUGUCAAAUCUACAAAUGUCAACUGAUCGACUCAAACAAAUCAGAGAUGAGAUCAAGAACGACACUGAAAUGACAACACUCAGCAAUGUCAUUCUCACAGGUUGGCCCAAUGAGCGUGCUGAUUGUCUGCAGAUUCUGAAUGACUAUUGGAAUUAUAGAGAUGAACUCUCUAUCAUCAAUGGUGUUAUCUUUAAAGGUAACAGAGUCGUCGUUCCAAUCCAUCUUCGUCAAACAAUGCUUCAGAAGAUACAUACAGGUCACCUUGGUCAAGAAAAGGGCAAGCAACCUGCUAGAGAGGUGCUAUUCUGGCCAAGAAUGAACCAUGAGAUAGACAUUAUGAUUGGUCUUGCUGUGUACAUGAAUUGGCAGCCAUCUGGCACAGUUCGUAUGACCCAUGCUGAAAAGCCAAGUUCUCAGUUUUGUCAGGCAGUGAAUGAAGAGAAGAAGUUGCCACUCAUUCACUGUCUUUCCACCAGUCAACUACGCCUUGAGAGCUGCUAUUGA